GAUGGAUUUUUAUUUUGUAUCUUUACUAGUCCCUCGUCUUUGUCUUCCCUGCCUGGCUCACGAUCAGAACCUCCUCCUUCCUCCCAUGGCAGCCACUGCAAUUUCUUUCGGCAGCAGGUGGUUCUGCUCUGAGAACUGCACCUGCACGGACUGCCGGAACACCACGAAGUAUGAAGCCUAUGUGGAGGAGAGAGCUGAGAUGGUACUCAAGAAGAAGCCAGGCGCGUUCCAGUCCAAGAUCGAACAAGAUGCAGGCCCCUCCACUUCGGGGCAAGAACAGAGGAGCAUAUGAAGGGGUGCACCUGCAGCAAGUCUCAGUGCGCAAUGAACUACUGCGAGUGCUUCAAGAACAAUGUUGCGUGCACCGCGAGAUGCAAGGGCGAAGGGUGCGCCGAUACUCGUGGAGCAAGGGACGGCGCGAAACGCGGCUUCAGGAGAAUGGAGAUUCGGGUGGAGCAUCAGGCAAUUCUAAUGGAGCAUCUGACGGAUUUGAUGGAUCACCUGGCAGUUAUAAUGGAACGUCUGCCAUGUUCAACAGAAGCAGGUGUGACCGAAAAUUUCUGGGGGAAUUCAGGAAACAACACUCGUUUCCGGUGGUGUUCAGGAAAUAG